AUGUCCAAAGUGUUGCUAAGCGUAUGGGAGAAAGGGAACGUCAAGAUCACAGAGAACGACCUAAUUCUCAAAGUGUACUACUUCCCCAUUGGCACAGCGCGACGAAUCAAACUAUCAGACAUUAAGGAGGUGACUGAAUUGCAGACCUCACCCUGCGAUGGUGCGUCUAAGACAUGGGGCAUGACGCUGUCGCCCGUCUGGUGGCACUGGCCAGGCCACUUUGUGCGGAGUGGACCUGCACUGGUCAUUCGUACCACAGCGGAGUCACCCUCGUUCUUCUCACCGGCUGCCGGUAUAAGCGUUGAGGCUGGGGAUAUAGAUUAUGUAAAGGGACUGCUAACCAAGCAUAUGCAAUGAAUGGUACGCCUGAUACGAGGUGAUACCACAAAGGACAUGGAGUAUGUGAAGGGUUGGUGACGACUACAUGCAGUGAUUGCAACGUACUACGUAAAUGCAAUCAAUCGCAAUUUGACACGCGGUGAGAUAAGCGGCCAAGUAGAGAUAUAGACUAUAUACGAGGGUUGCUAACCAAGCGCAUGCAGGCAGUGUUAGGCACGUAGGAGAUGAGUGACGAGACAGAGGAAUUAGAGUGUGUAAGGGGACUGCUAACUUAUAGUGCAAGUUAGGUAAGAUACUAUAUAAGCACACGGAGUGGAUGUUAUGGUAGACACUAUACGAGAUUGAGUGUAACAUGCACGUCGUUUGUUUGAUUUCGGGGUUGCGCUCAUGUAGCUAAACCUUAACUCUGGUGUCCGGGCCGUAGCACGUACUGGGUGGCAAGUGCGGAUGCGCAGUGGGUGUACCAUUCGAUGCGUGUUGUAUGUUGCCCAGAAAGGUUAGAUACGAGUGACCCAUGGUUUGACAUACGUAUCCUAUCACAUGUGGUUCAUAGGAUACGUACGUUGGUAUAUCCUUGUACACAUACACACCUGAGUACUCAAGCGUAGUUCAAGUUCAUACGAUAUGAUAAAUUGUGCACAGCGGCGAGGGACGAUGAAGUCCAUAUUUCUCAUGCUCGGUCAUCUGGACCCGUGUUGGCCCAGUUUCCGCGAUUCGAAUGCAUCACCCACCGCAGAUAAUAGAGACUGUGUAUCAAAAACGUGUAUAUGAAUCCGGUGCUGACUCCCCCUUUAGACUGAUUCAGCAUCCAGCGUUUGUUAUAGAAUCUAACAUGGUACAUGAAUAAAACUUGUAUGUUGGAUCAUAUAUAUCA